CGUCCUGCGCUGCGGCUGGGAGUUGUAGGAGCGCUCUGGGUGUUUCGUCGGGUUUGGGGGGGACCUUUUUGGUGGCCGUCUGGGUUGCGUUCGGGUCUUGCGGCGAUGAAGGUAGCCACCGCUCCAGCCCCUGCCGUGUCCCCCGGCCCGAGCUGUGCUCUCAAGGGCGUCCGCCUGGGCUCUGGGGGCGCGGGCGAGCCGGCGUCGCGGUGCCUGUCGGAGCAGAGCGUUUCGCUGUCCCGGGCAGGCAGCCCGCCCCCUCGGGGCUUGCCCCUGUGCCCGCAGCAAGCGGCCGCCGCCGCCUCGCUGCUCAUGGACAUGAAGGGCUGCUACUCGCGGCUGGCGGCGCUGGUGCCCACCCUACCGCGCCACCGACGGGUCUCCAAGGUGGAAAUCCUCCAGCACGUCAUCGACUACAUCUGGGACCUGCAGCUGGAGCUCCAGCACCCACUGGGCGCCGGGCCGCCCCCGCCGCGGGGCGCAGAGGAGCCGGUCGGAGCCGUGCCCGAGGCUGCUUGUGUUAACCCUGAUGACCGCAUCCUGUGUCGCUGAGGGUCUGUUUGGGAAGAUCCUUGGAAGGAAGAAACUGCUCCUCCAACGGCAGGGGAAGGGGUGCCUGGCUGCCCCCUAUUUCUGCAGGACUCGUGUCUGGAGAACUACUAUGAACAUUCUACUGAAGGCAAAGGGCAGAGAGGAACAUCAGCUGCCUCUGCCUGGGGUUGAAAGGGUGGGGUGUGUGGGGUUUUGGUACCCAGGAAGAGGAACCAAUAGCAGGAAACGAGAACUGAACUCCUUAGUGACACCCUCUUCGUGGUUUAAAGCUUACAGACUGUACUGUAACAGGGCAGUGCUUGGUUUUUUUGUUUAAAAAAAAAAAAGCAGAAUGUUAACCCUCCAAAUACUUCUCAGAUUUCUGAGAAUAAUCCUUGUAUUGUAUAUUACAAUGAAAUAUUUUCUGGGAAUAUUGUUCUACAAUAGUUCAAGUUUUGUUGUUAAAUAAAUGCAUAUUGCUGCAAA